CAUUUCAAGAGCCUGGGUACUUGACUGUUUUCCUCAUUCCAGUUCAUCGAACUUACGUCAGUCAUCUCGAAAAACUACCAACUGUUCAACUGUGCUCCCACUGUGACUCCAAUGGCGAAUUCAACACCCGUUGAUAGUCUCGAGGUGAACACCACCACCUCCCUUGACGAGCACAAUGGUACCAGCAAGACCUCAAAUGCCGUCGUAGAGUCAGUGGCCUCUGAGGAUCUAGCUCCGUCCCAAACACAGGCUCUCACGAGACGGCAAAGGAUUUCAGAUUUGUUCACUAUUAUCGCAGCUGGCGCUGGCCUAGCCUCAGACGGAUAUCAAAACAAUCUCAUGACGAUGUUGAAUGUGCUGUUCACGAAGAAGUAUCCCAAGGUGUACACUGCCGCGGUCAAAACUCGAGUCUCCAAUGCUCUACUCGUAGGCGAGGUACUUGGCCAGGUAGUCGUCGGCCUUACUUGUGACUAUCUUGGACGCAAAUUCGCCAUCAUCCUCACCACGUUAAUGGUUGUGGUUGGUGGAAUUCUCGCCACUGCUGCUCAUGGAACUACCACAAUAGGCAUGUUCUGGAUGCUGACCAUAGCCCGUGGUAUUGUUGGUUUUGGGGCGGGAGGUGAAUAUCCAGCUGCCUCGACCAGCGCGAGCGAGUCAGCAAACGAGAGAACUUUGAAGAACCGUGGACCGAUAUUCGUUCUCGUCACCAAUCUACCCCUUUCAUUUGGAGGACCACUCGCAGUGAUCAUCUUCCUCAUUGUCAUUUCUGCAGCUGGCGUCAACCACUUAUCGACCGUGUGGCGCGUAUGUUUCGGUAUUGGCUGUAUCAUCCCGCUUGCUGUCUUUUACUUCCGGAUGAAAAUGCUCAACUCCAAACUCUACAGGCGCGGUGCUAUCAAAAAGAGAGUACCUUACCUUUUGGUUCUUCGAUAUUACUGGAAGGAUCUGAUCGGAACUGCUGGGGCGUGGUUUCUGUAUGACUUCAUUACUUUCCCCAAUGGGGUUUUUUCCGGCACGAUCAUUUCCAGCGUUGUGAAAGGUUCCAACAUUGUGAAGACUGCUGAAUACCAGCUUCUUCUCGGUACAAUUGCCCUGCCUGGUGUGUUCAUUGGUGCCUAUCUUUGUAAUAAGAUAGGCCGUCGAAGCACAAUGAUGGUUGGCUUCAGCGGCUAUCUCGUUUUUGGUCUCAUAAUUGGUUGUGCGUACGACCAAAUUACUAGGAUCAUCCCCCUAUUCGUUGUCUUCUACGGCUUGAUGCAGUCUUCAGGCAACUUGGGGCCUGGCGAUAUGUUGGGCCUCAUUAGCAGCGAGUCAUAUGCAACUGCAGUUCGUGGGACCUGCUAUGGCUUUUCUGCUGCAAUCGGGAAAGUCGGCGCUGCCCUUGGUACAGAGGCUUUCACCCCAAUCCAGAAUCAUCUCGGAAAACGAUGGACCUUUAUCAUUGCCGCAAUAUGUGGUAUCGCCGGUAUGCUAGUCACGAGAUUCUUUGUCCGCGACCUUAAGGGCGAUGAUUUGAGGCUGGAAGAUGAAAGAUUCCGUGCCUACCUGGUGGCACAUGGAUGGGAUGGCGAAAUGGGUGAGCACGAUCUGAAGGGGUCGGCGCAUAAAGACGUCGCGCCAGAUCUGAUCGCGGAAGCGCAAGGGAAGCAAACAGAGCAUUAAGAAGACUCAAUGACGACUUGGGUAUUGGUGUAAUUUUCGGAUUGUAACCGUUGAAUCUCCGGCUCCCUC